GGUCCGGAUCGAGUAGCGGAGAGAAGGCAGGGUAUAUUUUCAGAAUAGUCCUUGCCAAUGCUCGUUUAUUGCCAUCGCGGCCUCGUCGUGUUCCCAACGGCGAACUCCUCGGCACGGCGGCGGCCUCCGGCGAGCCCCUCGCUGCUGUUGCGCGCGCGUACCGCCGGCGGCGCCAAGUGCAGCUGCUCAGUGGUGGUGGUUGUUGUUGGGGAGCUCCGAGCUUGUGGAGGCCACCGCCUGUUGCCGCCGCCGCGUCCUCGUCCCCAACCAGAACCACGGCGGCGCGGUGAGCAGAUUGGGAAUCACCCUCCCCCCCCCCACCCCCCACCUAUCUCUCGUCGGGCCGUAGGGGGGAUCGAUGUUCACGAACGCGCAGCGCCAGGUCGAGCGGACCGGCCGCCACGGAACCCCGAGAGACCAGCACCUUCAGGAUCUCGUGACCCAGUUCCAGGAGUCCACGGAUGAAGAGUCCAAGGAGAGGAUUGUUGCAAACUUGGCAAACUUCGCCUAUGACCCUUACAACUAUGCCUUUAUGCGCCAGCUGAACAUUCUUGAAUUGUUCUUGGACUGCAUUACAGAGCCAAACGAACGGCUUAUCGAAUUUGGCAUUGGUGGAAUCUGUAAUUCUUGCGCCGAUCCAGCAAAUUGCUCGGUCAUUACACAAUGUGGUGGAAUUCCGUUGGUUAUACAAUGCUUAUCAAGCCCAGUGAAGAAUACCGUGAACUAUGCACUUGGGGCUUUGUAUUAUCUGUGCAACCCUUCGACAAAGAAAGAUAUUCUGAAACCAGAGGUACUUAGGGCAGUAAGAGAGUAUGCUGCAGCUGGAGAUGUUAAUGCCAGCUUUAGCAAUCUGGCAAACGCUUUCCUGGACAAGCAUGUCAACUCAUGACCUUUGGUUCAGAAUUAUAGAAGGGAGUUACAGAAACAUGCCACAACUCGCAACACAGGACAGAACAAACCAUUCUAGAGAGGGAUGAAAUAUCAGAGGCGGUCUCACCCUGAGAAUCUAGAGUCUGCUGCGAAUUCCUUCAACUCUUUGUUCUUGACGAGAAAGUUACUUGGUGCCACAGAAGUUGCAACUUACAAUUAGAGGUUGACCAGUGACUGUCAUCUUCUCUCCUUGGCCUUGUACUUCUUUCAUGCCUGUUUGUGCAGUUCCCAGUCGCGCCAGCAUGAUCUUUGCCAUCUGCCUUUGCAAGGUUUGACGGCCGCAGCUAGAGAUAUUCCUGGUGUUUGUGAAGACAACGGUGUUUUUACUACUAGUAGGGAGUAUUAUUUUAUCUAUCUUGUGUACACAGAUCAAGGCAUCUAGCUAUUGAAGAAAAAUUCUUCACAAAAAUCUGUUGAUUUAUCCCCAUUUUUUCACUUAUUCUUAUACUUAUA